AUGCUCGACAUCAUCCAGUUCCUUGAGGAGAAGGGCGGCAACCCCGAGGCCAUCCGAGUGUCGCAGAAGGCGCGAGGCGACCCCGUCGAGAUUGUCGACGAGAUCAUCGCCGACUACAAGGCCUGGACCAAGACCCGAUUCGACCUGGACGAGCUCAACAAGGAGCAGAACAAGAUCCAGAAGGCCAUCGGUCUCAAGUUCAAGGCUAAGGAGGACGCCAGCGAGCUGCUCAAGGAGAAGGACAAUGUCGUCGCCAAGAAAGCCGAGCUCACUAAGCAGGAGCAGGAGCAGGAUUCUGCCCUCCGGGCCAAGGUCAACACCGUUGGUAACCUUGUCCAUGAGUCUGUUGUUGUUUCCGAUAACGAGGACAACAAUGCCAUCAUUCGAACCUUUGCCAACGACGGCUUCGACCCCGCUGUCAAGGGCAAGCUUUCUCACCACGAGGUUCUUACCCGACUCGAUGGUUACGAUCCCGAGCGAGGAACCAAGAUUGUCGGCCACCGAGGCUACUUCCUCAAGUCUUACGGAGUCUUCCUCAACCAGGCUCUGAUCAACUACGGUCUGGACUUCCUUACUAAGCGAGGCUACGUGCCUCUGCAGGCUCCCAUGAUGAUGAACAAGGACGUCAUGGCCCGAACCGCCCAGCUGUCGCAGUUCGACGAGGAGCUGUACAAGGUCAUGGAUGGCCAGGACGAAAAGUACCUGAUUGCCACCUCCGAGCAGCCCAUUUCUGCCUACCACGCCAAUGAGUGGUUCGAGCGACCCGAGGAGCAGCUACCCCGACGAUACGCUGGCUACUCCACCUGUUUCCGACGUGAGGCUGGCUCUCACGGCAAGGACGCCUGGGGAAUCUUCCGAGUCCACCAGUUUGAGAAGAUUGAGCAGUUCUGCAUCACCGACCCCGAAAAGUCGUGGGAGGAGUUUGACCGAAUGAUUGAUGCCUCCGAGGAGUUCUACAAGUCUCUGGGUCUUCCCUACCGAGUUGUGUCCAUUGUCUCCGGCGAGCUGAACAACGCCGCCGCCAAGAAGUAUGAUCUCGAGGCUUGGUUCCCCUUCCAGCAGGAGUACAAGGAGCUUGUUUCUUGCUCCAACUGUACCGAUUACCAGUCCCGAAACCUUGAGAUCCGAUGCGGCAUCAAGAAGCAGAACGAGCGAGAGAAGAAGUACGUCCACUGCCUCAACUCCACUCUUUGCGCCACCGAGCGAGCCCUGUGCUGCAUUCUGGAGAACUACCAGACCGACGAUGGUCUGCGAGUCCCCGAGGUUCUGCGACGGUUCAUUCCUGGCGAGCCCGAGUUCAUCCCCUACACCGCUGAGCUCCCCAAGAACUCCACUUCUCAGAAGCAGGCCGCCAAGAAGUAA